GCCAGUCAGGCCGGCUCGAGCGCCCGGUCCCUUCUUGGCGGUGGCGAAGGAGGCGGCGGGGGCCGGACUCCUGAGGCUUAAGUGGGCCCAAGGGAAGAACAACCCCCUUGUGUCUCCCCCCCCCCUCAGAGGUGCGCCUUUGUCGCCAUGGAGACGCUGAUCCCUGUCAUCAACAAGCUGCAAGAGAUCUUCAACACGGUGGGAGCCGAAGUCAUCCAGCUGCCCCAGAUUGUCGUCAUCGGUUCCCAGAGUAGUGGGAAGAGUUCAGUGCUGGAGAGCAUCGUGGGCCGGGACUUCUUGCCACGGGGCUCUGGUGUGGUCACCCGACGGCCCCUCAUCCUGCAGCUGGUGCAUGUCCCAGCACUGGAGGAGAGGAGACGAACAGCCAGUGGAGAAAGUGGCAUCCAGGCUGAUGAGUGGGCCACCUUCCUGCACUGCAAACAUAAGACCUUUAUUGAUUUCACCGAGGUCCGUCAGGAGAUUGAGAUUGAAACUGAGCGGACAACAGGGAACAAUAAGGGAAUCAGCCCAGAGCCCCUAUACCUGAAGAUCUAUUCCCCCAAUGUGCUCAACCUGACCCUUGUUGACCUGCCAGGAAUCACCAAGGUGCCUGUUGGGGAUCAGCCAGCUGAUAUUGAGGUGCAGGUCCGGGAUAUGAUCCUCUCCUACAUUUCUAAUCCAAACUGUCUGAUCCUGGCAGUGACUGCUGCCAAUACAGACAUGGCCACGUCAGAGGCAUUGAAACUUGCACGAGACGUGGACCCUGAUGGACGAAGGACCCUGGCUGUGAUCACUAAGCUGGACUUGAUGGAUGCUGGGACAGAUGCCAUGGAUGUCUUGAUGGGCCGAGUUAUUCCUGUCAAGUUGGGGAUCAUUGGGGUGGUCAAUAGGAGUCAACAUGAUAUCAACAGCAACAAAAGCAUCAAUGAGUCUUUACAGGAUGAGCAAAGUUUUCUGCAGAAGAGGUACCCAUCGCUUGCCAACCGAAAUGGCACUCGCCAUCUGGCCAAGACCCUCAACAGGCUUUUGAUGCACCAUAUUCGUGACUGCCUGCCUGAACUGAAAACCCGAGUGAAUGUGCUCACGGCCCAGUACCAGUCUGUGUUGCAAAGCUAUGGGCAGCCCAUUGAGGACAAGAAUGCUACCUUGCUUCAGAUCAUCACUAAAUUUGCCACUGAAUACUGCAACACCAUUGAGGGCACUGCACGCAAUAUUGAGACAUCUGAGCUGUGUGGCGGAGCCCGGAUGUGCUACAUUUUCCACGAGACCUUUGGUCGCACUCUGGAGUCUAUCGAUCCGCUGGCUGGACUUACCAUGUUGGAUAUCUUGACGGCCAUUCGAAAUGCUACCGGGCCACGGCCAGCCCUCUUUGUCCCCGAGGUCUCCUUUGAGCUGCUCGUGAAGCGUCAGAUCAAGCGCCUGGAGGAACCCAGCCUUCGCUGUGUGGAGCUGGUGCACGAGGAGCUGCAGCGCAUCAUCCAACAUUGCUCCACCUACAACACGCAGGAGCUGCUGCGUUUUCCCAAGUUGCACGAGGCCAUUGUGGAGGUGGUGACCGGGGUCCUUCGCAGGAGGCUGCCCAUCACCAAUGAGAUGGUGCACAACCUGGUUGCAAUCGAGCUGGCCUACAUUAACACCAAGCACCCGGACUUCAUUGACACGGCACUCGUCUCUGCCUCUGUGAGCAGUUCUAAGAGUGAACCUGUUCCAGACGGCACCCGGCGAUGGAAAAGUGAAAAAGCUGAAGAGUUUGGCACUGAAGACAGGCCAAAGGGUUCCUCCCAGACCUCAGUGUUUUCCAGCCCUAGCCGGUCCCAUGCAGUCAACCUGCUAGACACGCCCAUGCCAGUCACUCGGAAACUGAGCCAGCGUGAGCAGAGAGACUGCGAGGUCAUCAGACGCCUUAUCAAAUCCUACUUCCUCAUUGUGCGAAAAAGCAUCCAGGACAGUGUCCCCAAAACGGUCAUGCACUUCCUGGUGAACUACGUCAAGGAUCACCUCCAAAGCGAACUGGUUGGCCAGCUGUACAAGUCCCAGCUCCUAGACACACUGCUCACAGAGUCUGAGGACAUGGCUCAGCAGCGCAAUGAGGCUGCCAAUAUGCUCAAGGCACUCCAGAAAGCCAGCCAAACCAUCUCAGAGAUUCGUGAGACUCAGCUGUGCUUUGGGCCCGACUCCCCGCCUUCCUCUUUGGUGCAUUUAGUAAAGACGUGGUGUGAAAGUUCGUCUGUUUGUCUGCCUGAGUACUGGGAGCAGACAGUUGUGUCAACGUGAACCUGCCAUUGAAUGUCUUGUCUUUAUUAAUGACCUACUGCUGGAUGAAGUGGCAUUGGCUAGAUCAAGAGAAGGGUAUGUGUGGGUGACUUUGAAGUCGGUAAAUGCUAGCUUGGGGGGAAUUCCUGUGUCCCAGAGGAGGACCUGCUAAGGUUCAUUCUCAUCUGGAAGUAUAUUCUCACUCUCCCUUCUUCAUCCAGGAGUUGUGUGCCACAGUGCCAUUCACAGAGGGCCUCCAGUCUGCCCUGGAUUCCAGGGCAUGAACGAGAUAGAUCUGAACAAUCCUCAAGUUUGCAUGCACCUCUGAGCCACACAGGCACUAGGCCUGGUCUACCAAUUUCAUGAAAUAAACUUGUGGAAGGUUAACAGA